CCGCAGGACUCAAGCAUGAACGCGACGGGCGUGAGGAUGGUGACCCGGAGCCGCAGCCGGGGCCCGGGGGCCGGGCCGCGGGGGGGUGGGGAGAAGGCCGCGCCGCUCUGGAAGGGAGAGGCGGCUGCAGAAGGAAGGAAGAGCCCCAGCCCUUCGAGGCAUCGGCGGAAGACACAAAAACUGAAUGUGGCCUACGAUCGCGAGGAAGAAGACACCAAACCCCCCAGGGCACCAAGCUGGGAGCCCCGGGACUGGCGGCAGCAGCUGGUGAACAUCCGCGCCAUGAGGAGCGGGAAGGACGCACCUGUGGACUGGCUGGGGGUUGAGCACUGCUACGACUCCGACGCACCCCCAAAGGUGCGGAGGUACCAGGUGCUGCUGUCGCUGAUGCUCUCCAGCCAAACCAAAGACCAGGUGACAGCGGGUGCCAUGCAGCGGCUGCGGGCUCGGGGCCUGACAGUGGACAGCAUCCUGCAGACGGAUGACAGCACGCUGGGCACGCUCAUCUACCCCGUCGGCUUCUGGAGGAGCAAGGUAAAGUACAUCAAGCAGACCAGUGCCAUCCUGCAGCAGCACUAUGGCGGGGACAUCCCAGAUUCUGUGGCAGAGCUCGUGGCACUGCCAGGCGUUGGACCCAAGAUGGCACACUUGGCCAUGGCGGUGGCCUGGGGCACCGUGUCAGGCAUCGCGGUGGACGCGCAUGUGCACAGAAUUGCCAACAGACUCGGGUGGACCAAGACGGCGACCAAUUCCCCGGAGAAGACUCGUGCUGCCCUGGAGGAGUGGCUGCCCCGGGAGCUGUGGGGCGAGAUCAACGGACUGUUGGUGGGCUUCGGCCAGCAGACUUGUCUGCCCGUCCACCCACGCUGCCAGGGCUGCCUCAACCGGACGCUGUGCCCGGCCGCGCGGGGCCUCUGAGGACCAUGGUGCUUCGGCCCCGGAUGCCAUUCUGGGUAGUGCGCUGCGUGCCUUUGCUGGGGAGCCCCAGCCUGUUUGUAAUAAAGCUUGGGAGUUGUUUGCA